CAAAAACCAUUGGGCGGGUGCAGCAUUCACGCAUACAACUACAAUCUUGUUUUGAUUUUGUUGCCAUUGUACCGCGAUAUGUCAAAAUGUGUGUUUCUUUUUCUGCUUGCCAGUUGUCAAUCGGUUCGAAAUAGUAGUACCCGUUGCUCUGGGUUUACUUUGGUUAGUUUGUUAUUGUUAUUGCGAGAUACUGUACACACACUAUUCGGUGUAAACAAUUGUUCUGCGAGAUAAAACUGUUUCACGUUGUUGUUUGAAGCGAAAUCUGCGCUUGCUGUAGAAGGUUUUAACGAUGUCGCUGCGGCCGGAUGAUCAUCGACGGAAGUGGGAUCGCAAGGAGUACGAAAGGCUCGCGCACGAGCGUAUACUUGCCAAGGAUAAAGGCAACGAGGACGAUGGUGAGCCCGUUACGAAGGAGCUGCUCAAGCAGCGCGAGUACAAAGUCGAUCUGGACAGCAAGCUGGGUAAAAGUAUGGUCAUCAACAAGAGCACACCGUCCUCCCAGUCUGGCGGGUACUAUUGCAACGUGUGCGACUGUGUGGUGAAAGAUUCGAUCAACUUUCUCGACCACAUCAAUGGCAAGAAGCACCAGCGCAAUCUCGGCAUGUCGAUGAAAGUCGAACGCAGCUCGCUCGAUCAGGUGAAGGAACGGUUUAAGAUAAACAAAAAGAAGACCGAAGAAAAGAAGAAAGACUACGAGCUGGAGUCACGGGUACGUGAAGCGAAGGAGGAGGAGGACCGGUACCGGGAGUACAAGCGCGAGAAGAGAAAAGAGCGCAAGCGAAAGCACGACGAUGACGAUGCCGAUCCCGAUCUGGAUGCGGGAAGCUCGGAAAUGGCCGCCAUUAUGGGAUUUGCCGGGUUCGGUGGAUCGAAGAAGAACUGAACAGCAUUGUCCCCAAUCCGGGAAAGGCGCCUUGCGGAAGGUCUACACCAUGCAGGCUUUGUGGUGGGUGCAUUGACGGGCGUGUGUCCCCAUCCACGGCUUAACGGAUCUUUUGGGCGCAAGGGGGGGGGGGGGGUUCUCUUUGGUUUCCGUCGCAUGGUCCAUCAGCUCACCGAUAAUAUACCACACAGACACGUGCUUUACAAACGUGAGGAGCAACGGUAGAGGCACACUGCUCUGUCUCCAACCACAUUUACGCGCACAUCGGCCGAUGUUCAACCUUAACUAAAUAACUUGUAACUUGACUUACCGUAACUGGCGGUGUAUGCGUGUGUGUAUACUAGAAUAAACUCUAUUUAAAACCUCA